ACCUGACUUUUUUUAUCGGUAGUGGCCGUAACAAAAAGUCAUUUUGGGUCUUUGCCUUUCUGUCUGGCCUUUUUUUGGGGAGUAUUCACAUUCAUUUCAGUUGCUUGAAGAAGGCGAGUAAGUUGUUUUGGUUCAUCUGCCUUGCCGUCGUCGUUUACUGAAUUUUUUAAAUUUCCUCCUUCACGUGGGCUGCUUUUACAAGAGAUAACUACUAACAAAUAGCAGGAAUCCCAUUGCCCAAACGACACGCAGUCGCAGAGGGAGAGAAGGAGUUGAAAUCUAUUUCUCUUCUUUCUCUUUCCCCAUUCCGCUUCUCCAAUCAAACUCAGAUUUCAUUUUUUUUUUUGGUACUAUUUCGUUAGACAAAACCAUGAAUGAAUCGGAGAAUAAUUCCAAGAAAUCGAUCCCGCCGUAUAUGAAAGCAGUAUCGGGAUCUCUAGGUGGGAUAGUGGAGGCGUCUUGUUUGCAGCCGAUUGACGUGAUCAAAACGAGGCUGCAGCUGGACAGGACUGGGAAUUAUAAGGGGAUUGUGCACUGUGGCUCCACGGUGGCGAGAACGGAGGGGGUGAGAGCUCUGUGGAAGGGGCUGACCCCGUUCGCCACCCACCUCACGCUCAAGUAUGCGCUGCGGAUGGGAUCCAAUGCUGUGUUUCAGGCCGCGUUUAAGGACGAAAAUGGGCAGUUGAGCAAUCGCGGGAGGCUCCUGUCGGGUUUCGGUGCUGGGGUUCUUGAGGCUCUAGUAAUUGUCACACCAUUUGAGGUGGUGAAAAUUAGACUGCAGCAGCAGAAAGGAUUGAGUCCAGAUCUUCUGAAGUACAAAGGUCCUAUACAUUGUGCACGUAUGAUCACUCGUGAGGAAGGCCUUCUGGGACUCUGGGCUGGGGCUGCUCCAACUGUUAUGCGUAAUGGGACAAACCAGGCUGCAAUGUUUACUGCUAAGAAUGCUUUUGAUGUGCUCUUGUGGAAGAAACAUGAAGGUGAUGGGAAAGUCCUUCAACCAUGGCAGUCUAUGAUAUCAGGAUUCCUUGCUGGAACAGCAGGUCCAGUGUGUACGGGGCCCUUUGAUGUUGUGAAAACAAGAUUGAUGGCUCAAAGUCGACAUGGAGGUGAACUGAAAUACAAAGGCAUGGUCCAUGCUAUCAGAACAAUAUAUGCCGAAGAAGGGCUUCUUGCCUUGUGGAAAGGACUGUUGCCUCGGCUCAUGAGGAUACCGCCUGGGCAAGCAAUUAUGUGGGCUGUGGCUGACCAAGUGAUUGGUCUUUAUGAGAGAAAAUAUUUUCAUAUCGCACCUUUGUAGGUACCAUUUGCAUUUUUUUUGCUUGUUCUGGUCUUUAGUUCCAUUGCAAGCGUAAAAUCAUUGAUAAUUUCAAUUCUUCUUCCUUUCAUUGUUUUUGAUGUCGAUUACUUUUAAAGAACAUGGGAACAAUUCUUGAGGUAUUUUCUUAGUUUUUUAUUUCUCAAGUUUGCAUGUUGCUGCACCACAUUCUUCAGAAGCAACAAGUAGAAGGGGGUUAUGUUCAGCCGUUGUUGGUUCUUGAAGACUAAAUGUGUUUAGGAUUGUUGAUCCGUAUCCAUAUUUACAUUGUCUUUUAAUCAGGAGAAGUCAAUUUAUUUCCGUUUCUUUUUAUUGGUGGAGUCAAUCUAUUGUGUUGCAUUUUCUGCAAAAGUAAACACCAAGAGAAACAGCAAGUAUUGAAUCCAUCUUGAUCUAUGGCAUUAGCGGCGCUUAUCGCAGCCUGGUUCAGACGACACUGGCACCAGUGAGGCUCUGGU